CGCAGCCCGGCCCCGCGGGGAGGCGGCGCUGGCUGCGGGCGGAAAUAUUCAACAUUAAGCAACAUGUCUUCCACCAAACCUCCAAAUGAAAAUGAAACACCCAAAGAGAGAAAACCAGGACUGAGGAGUGUUCAGACAACUAUGCUUUUCCGAGCUGUGAACCCAGAGCUUUUCAUUAAGCCUAACAAACCUGUGAUGGCAUUUGGACUGGUAGCAAUUAGCCUCUGUGUGGCCUACCUUGGUUAUUUGCAUGCAACAGCAGAGAAUAAAAAGGACCUCUACGAAGCAGUCGACAGUGAGGGGUCCAGAUACAUGAGGAGGAAAACUUCCAAGUGGGAUUGAGAAUGUUACUGAACUCAGAAUAAGGAAUGGAAAGUCUAAAAUCCCCAGACCCAACAAGGGCUCCCAGGGAGCUGAGAGACCUCUCUGUCGACCGUCUUCCAACCAAGGUGGCUUCUGUCAGGCCAGAGAAGGAACCUGCAGGAACUCCUGCUUUACCAUUCUGGGAGUUGCUUUGGGUUUUAUCAAAAUAUUUGGUACUGAAGAUAAAAGUGAUUGGCUGCCUUGAGGGACAGCAGUUGCACCAUGGGAUUUCUCUGUGUCUCUCUCCAAGUCCUUCACUUUGAAUCUGUGACUUUACUCCUGUUCUUGUUUUAUAGUUAACUGUAUCUUAAAUUCAGCGGGGUUUUGGUUAAACUGCCUCUUUCCUGAGAAGGGAAGUGAGCUCUACCUGUAAUAAAGCUUUUUUUUUUUUUUUUUUUUGUAAAAGGGGUGUUUUUUCAGCCUUUAAAAGCAGAUUCCUCUCUGGGAGCCUGCUGCCCUACAUCAGCAAGGUUCCUGGGCAAAUCUAAGUUUGCAGGUUUGCAGGUGAGGAAACUACUUGCCUUUUGAUUUGUGAAGGAAUUUCUCGGUGAAAUGAUCAAAUAUUCAGGACUCUCACCUGCUGUGCAUAUCCUGCAGAGUAUUUUUUUGUAUGUUAGUGAAGGAUCUUUGGAAUAAAUCCGUUCUUUUAAAAAUGAUUGCACAGGAUUUUAGCUCUUUUCAGUUCAUUAAAAUGCACAGGUCUGAUAUGUUUGCAUGAAUUUGACUAAAUUAUUCCCAAAUCAGUGAUACAAGUAAGUAUUUUUAUCUGUUUUUCUAUAGGCUUCUGGAAUACAUGCUUUGAUCCUCUGCAGAUGUCUGCAGAUGAAUUGAAAGCCCAUUCUCUUAUAUGAAAAUAAUGCAAGAUUUGUGUUCUCAAGAUUUUUGUGAACUGAAUAUGGAUCUGGCAGUUACUGGGGAAAAGAAAGCAGGACUGGAGGCAUGAAAGAUAAUAGACUGACCUGGACAGGGUGUAGGCAUGUACAUGCCAGUGACACUUCCUACAAAAGCUGUCUGAGAUAGGGCUUCUUGAAUGUUGGCUGGACUCAAAUCCUGUUGACCAGGUUACUUCAGAACUGUGAGGUUGAAGGAAGAAUGGAUAUUUAAAUUUGUCCUUUUAUUUCUUUGGCAGCUGUUGUACAGAUAACUCUUAAUGAUACACAAUUUAUAUAUAAAAAAGAGAGCAUUGCAAAUACAGAGAGGUAUGUGGUAAGUUAAUAAAUGUUACAGUAUCAACACAGGCAUUUGCUGCUUUAAGUUCCUGAUUUUUAUCAUAAGAACAAUGUAUGUAUAGGGAUUAAAGGAAAAAUAAACCCCACCCAAACAAAAUUACUUUGAUACCAAAAUUUGUUUGCUCAGUUCUGGUGAGCACUGUGGUGUUUCUCCUUAUGUGUCUGGAGAACAAACACACAGCACCAGUAUGUUCUGUGUUUUUCAAUUUCAGUCUUCAGUAUAGUGAUAAUCAUAAGGGAUGAUAACUGGCUUGACAAAAACUAUGAGUCAAAAUUAUUUCCUCGGCAGAGACUCUUUGCAGUUUUUGCCAGUUCCUUACUGUCUGCUGACUUUCACAUCUUUUACCAAGAAGAGCAACAAAAUGCUAUGAUUAAAAUAUCCAAAACUGUAGCUGCUGUACUGUUCCUAAGAUCUCCUUAGACUAUGUGAUGUGAAUGAUACUUGUUGGUAUUCAACAACAAAAAGCAAUUAAACAAUUAAAGGGCCAAAGCCUACUGUGAUGCUGCUUAACUAUUACCAGGGAAAGUUAGUUCUUUGUGGGUGAAACCAACCCUUCCCCAGUAACAGUUGCUACAUAGGAAGCUGCAUUCAGGCUGGAAAGGGUCACUUCAUGAAACCCUCCCUUAUCAUCUGUCUCCUGGCUGUUACUGAAUUGUCAGAAUGUUUAAAUCCUAAUUGGAAAGCAAACGUUUCAGCUAACUUGGUAAACAAUUGCCAAUGAUUUUUCUCCUUUUACUAGCUUGCAUGUUUUCUGUAGCAACAGUAAGUUUUGCCUGCAAAUGAGAUCUGUCAGGAGUAGAGUUCUGACACUCUAGUAACUAUUACAGAAUGACACUGGAACAUCACAAUGAUUAGAAGUUCUGAUCUGGAUUCCUUUGUUGUGCUGUGUGUUCAAAAAGGGUACCACCACCUCCCAGUGCUGCUUUUGAUCAGAUUCAGGAGUAUAAACCUUCCAGAACACAGCAUUAAACUCAUUGUAUGAUACUGGGAAGUUAAUCUCUGAAAUUCCUUUCUUUUAUUGCAAUCUGAGAUUUAGGAAAACCCCAAGUCGUCUUGCUUCUAUGUGUUCUGGCCAGUCAUGAAUGCAUUAACAUCUUAGUAAGAAAGAACUGCUGCAUAUUAGUAACUCCAGUAUAUUCAGGGAGGAAAAAGGUCAGCUGUUCUGCAGUGCAUGAAGCAUUCUGAGCUGGGCAUAAUGAAGUGUGAAAGGCAAAGGAGCUGCAAGACCAUUAGCAAAUGUUUUCUGAAGCUCAAGUAGUUAGGUAAGAACCAUGUAUGACUUAACAUUUGCACAGAUCAUCCCAUCAUCCUUCAACAGGACACAGCUGGGACAUUUAAUCCUGAAUCUCACCUCCUUACACCUGAUUCUGGCUCCUGACCUUAGACUGAAGCUCUGUACAGUCUCUUGAGGUUUGAUUUUUUUCAUGGCAUACCACAAUGAUAACCUCAGUGAGGAAGGGCUCAUGGUAGCAUUCAUGUGUUUGAGGAUCUAGGAAGAAUCUGAAGUAUAUGCUGUGUCUGUCUUAGAAGUUUCUGAUCAGCAGUGUAAAGUUUUGCAGAAAUCAUGUGGUGCGUGGCUUUUUAGUGUGUGUUGUGAAGAGGAAUGUUAUUUUCUGAUUUAAGCAAUAUCAAGAGUUUAUCAAUGUCCUGAGAGCCCUGGCAGCAGAGUGAGUGCCAUGCAUGCCUGGGGGCAUGAAGCUUCAGCCUUGCAUUGACACUCACAGUGUGAAACACACCCAGAAGGCCAGAGGCCUUCUCUUUUUCAAUUAUUUUCUCUUCACUCCUUGAUAAAAUGGACAGGGGAAGAGCUGUGUCAUCAAGGCACAACAUGCUUUCAUUUCUGUGGAAAUAGCCAGCAUGACAGAACUGAGUGCUUGACAACCAAGAUUGUAAAUCUGAAUAAUAAUAAAUAAAUAACUUUAGUUUGAA